UGUCGAAGAAUCAAACUGGAAAGGCGGCAAAGAACUUCACAACGGUUCAGUAAAGAAGGUGAUUUGAUCGGAAAGUCACGGCCGAAAAAUGGAGGCCUACAAGAAAUAUUUGGAGCAGCACAGCCAAGAGACUAGAUUCAGUAUUGAAUCUCUCUUGUCGCCCAUGAAUAGUGUUCAAAGUGUGCCAAAAGCAUCCACGAUAUUGUCCCGGGAUCUAAAUCCCGGACACGAGUCAAGCCUGGAUUCAGUGUCAAAAGUUGCUUCUGAGACCGUCUUAUCUUUGUCCUCACCCUCGCCAACUACGCUCUUAGGUGAACCAUUUGGACCGACGAUGGGACAAUUUCCAGGAUUUCCUUCACCAUUUCUGCCCCUUGGAUCAUAUCAAGAGCCCAUUCUCUCCCAAAUGUUAAUGUCUUUAUCGCAACGACAUCAACAGGGCAUGAUUGCAGCGGCUGCAGCCGCAGCAGCUGCUGCUGUGGCCGUAUCAAAUGCAUCCAAUAGCAAUAUCUUGCAAACCAUGUCAGAGAGUUCCACGCCCAAUUUACGAAUCGCUACACCUGAUGAACCAGACACAACUAACGAUCAAGACGAAGAUGAUACUGGCUCACCACCUGAUGAGGACGACUUGAGUGACAAUGACUGUAAAGGCACUAGUUUUUACUCGGAUCAAGAGUACGGAAUCAAAGAUGAAAAGGAUCAAAGUUCCUCGGGAAAAGCUCGUCGUCGAAGAACAGCCUUCACCAGCGAGCAGCUUCUUGAAUUGGAAAAAGAGUUUCACUCCAAGAAAUACCUGAGCUUAUCAGAACGCUCUCAAAUUGCUCAUAGCUUACAACUCAGUGAAGUGCAAGUCAAGAUAUGGUUUCAAAACCGAAGGGCCAAGUGGAAACGAGUGAAGGCAGGUAUCACUCACUCUAAUCGCUUGGGAACAACUACUGGGUCCCAAGGAAGCAUCCGAGGCUCCCAAGUCACUGGUGGAUCCGUUGGGUCCAAUUCCAAGAUUGUAGUGCCCAUUCCUGUUCAUGUGAGUCGACAAUUUGCCAUGCGCAAUCAAAACUAUGGCGGGGGACCCCCAAGCAAUCCAGAGAAGUUCGUUUUGAGGCCGCCCCAGCCAGUUGGAUCCAUUCAAAUCGGACAACUCAACGGCGAAGACGGGUACAAGUCAUCAUUUACUCAGGUGAAGUGAAGGUCCGAGAGAAGAAUCAUCGGUCAACCAGCGCUAUUUAAAGAGUUGGAGUCGGAUGCAAAUCGGCGGCUGAUUUCUUCGAUCUGAAUAAUGAGUACCAAUUACAGAACCUGCCUCAAUUGUCUUUCUAUCGUUGUACAUUUAGUGUGUUGUUGAGCAAUCAUUACAAUGAUCAUGAGUUAUGAGAACUCAUAAAAAUAACAGUAAUAGUAGUGAAUAAU